GAACUCAGUUGGUGAUUGACGGUGAUUGCCGAUUGCGACCGGUGGGCCAGUCAGCUGCUGAAAUUUGAUCGAAAUGGCUUCGAUUAUGUCACGCAAUUUGCUCAGAGCCUCUUCAAGGUGCCUUCACACCACGAGCUACAAAUGUGCAGAUAAAGGUAUGCCCUUGCCAAUUGAGCAUGCAACUGGUCUGGAGCGCAGAGAGUUGGAGGCUAUUGCUGCUGGAAAUGAGAACCCAUUCGACAUGCGCGUGAUCAAGCGCGUUGCGGGAGCGACCAAGGAUUCACCAACCGAGGUGCCGUCUGCUUUUGAGAAGCGCAUCAUGGGGUGCGUGUGUGAGGAGGGAGCAACAAGCAUCAACUGGAUGUGGCUCUACCGCGGGCAGCCAAAGCGAUGCGAGUGCGGCCACUGGUUUACUCUUGUCAAGUCCAACCCUGUCUAGUGCGCCCACUUAUCACAUUUUUUCCUUUGGUAAAUAAUUAUUUGCAUAUGCGUGUCAUGUUGCUGCGCUGGAAGUUGUGUAUUCUAUUAAAUUGCCUUCGCAGUAUGUGAAAAUGGCGAAGACUUACUUUUAGUUAGAGAAAUAAAGAUGUACCACAAGGCAUGAAAUGGACAUUGAGGAUUCUUGGGUCCGCGCAUCUGUUGAGAUAGCAUCUUCUACUCGGCAUCUUUAUUUCGGAGUUGUGCUAAGGAUUGCCGAACUCAAUAUUUUAUCAUAUUCCACCUUUUCGUUGAAGUUUCGGUUCUUGUGGAACAAAAUUAUACGAACAGUUUCAUUCGUGGCAAAAACAGAUGAUGAGUUUGUAACUCAAGUGCGAGAGGGGAACGUGUAAAUAAUUGUGUCGAAUUAAGAAUUAACAAUUUAAAAGCCUUA